AUGCCUACUUUAAACAACCCAGAACUUCUUAGAAAUCAAGCCUUCAUUAACAAUGAAUGGUUUGAAUCCAAAUCCACAAAAACUUUCAAAGUUUACGAUCCAGCCACUGGUGAAGAAAUCAUUGAAUUACCUGAUCUUUUACCUGAAGAAAUAGAUUAUGCCAUUAAAGUCACUGCUGAUGCUUUCCAGACUUAUAGACAUUCAAGUGCUUAUGAUAGAUCCAAAUGGUGUAGAAAUAUGUUUGAUUUAAUGACAGAAAACAUUGAAGAUUUAGCUACCAUUUUAACUUGGGAGAAUGGUAAACCUUUAGCUGAAGCAACCGGAGAAAUCAAAUAUUCCGCUUCUUUCUUUGAAUGGUAUGCUGAAGAAGGUAAGAGAGUCUAUGGAAGUACUAUCCAACCAUCUAAUCAAAAUAACAAAAUCAUUACUUUGAAACAACCUGUUGGACCUGUUGGAUUAUUAUGUCCAUUCAAUUUCCCUAGUGCUAUGGGUGCCAGAAAAGCCGCUCCUGCUUUGGCUGUUGGUUGUACCACCUUAUUGAAACCUGACGCUCAAGUUCCAUUAUCUUCCUUGGCUUUAGGUUAUUUAGCUAAAAAAGCUGGAUUCCCUGCUGGAGUAUUUAACGUUAUUCUUUCUUCAAAUGAAAGCACUCCAGCUGCUGGAUUGAAAAUUUGUGAAAGUCCUUCCAUCAAAAAGAUCUCAUUCACUGGUUCUACUGCCGUAGGGAAGAUUUUGAUGAAACAAUCAAGUUCAACUCUUAAGAAAUUAUCUUUUGAAUUGGGUGGUAAUGCUCCUAUCAUUGUAUUUAAUGAUGCUGACAUUGACAAGGCCGUUGACCAAUCAAUUUUAUCCAAAUUCAGAUCUUUAGGUCAAACUUGUGUUUGUGCUAAUCGUCUUUAUGUUCAAUCAAAAGUUUAUGAUGAAUUUGUUAAGAAAUUCUCUGCCAAAGUUGAAGCUUUCAAGAUCGGUAAUGGUUUUGAUAAAGAGGUUACUCACAGUUGUUUGAUUCACGAUAGAGCUGUUGCUAAAGUUGUUGAACACGUAGAAGAUGCUAUUGCUAAAGGUGCGAAAUAUGCCGUUAAAGGAGGUAAAUUACCUGAUUUAGGUGAAAAUUUCUAUGCUCCAACUGUUUUGACUGAUGUUACUCAAGAUAUGAAGGUUUCAAAAGAAGAAACUUUCGGUCCUUUAGCUGCCGUUAUAAAAUUCGAAGAAAGAGAUGAAGCCUUGACUUUUGCUAACGAUUCAGAAUUCGGUUUGGCUGCUUAUGUAUUCACAGAGAAUGUCAAUACUGCUUGGUAUAUGGGAGAAAAAUUAGAAGCCGGUAUGGUGGCUGUUAAUGUUGGUGUGUUCACUGACGCAGCUUUACCUUUUGGUGGAGUUAAAGAAUCCGGAUUUGGUAGAGAAGGGUCAUUGUAUGGUAUGGAUGAUUAUACUGUAGUGAAGUCUAUUAUUCUUGGAGAUGUUUAUAGUUGA